GGUAGUAAACCCUAAACCCUUUUUGGGUCUAACCCUAGCUUAUAUACUUCCGUUACUAUUUCUCUCUCUCUCUCUCUCUCUCUCUCUCUCUUGGGACCAGAACGAAACCCUAGAGGAGUCUGACCAUGCGUAAGGUCAAAGGCGGCGAUCGCUUGGAUAAGUAUUAUCAUUUGGCCAAGGAGCGUGGCUUUCGUUCUCGAGCUUCUUACAAGCUUCUCCAGAUAAAUGCAAAGCACAAUCUCCUCCACAGCUCGAAUGCCGUUCUCGAUCUCUGCGCCGCCCCCGGUGGUUGGAUGCAAGUAGCAGUCGAGAAAGUUCCCGUGGGAAGUCUCGUUCUAGGUAUCGAUCUUGUUAAUAUCGCUCCCGUACGUGGCUGUGUGGCUAUCCAGCAGGAUAUCACGCGGACCGAUCAGUGCAGGUCGAAAAUCAAGCAAGUGAUGGAGAAACAUAAUGUGUCGGCUUUUGAUCUUGUUCUGCACGAUGGUUCUCCGAAUCUCGGUGGUGCGUGGGCGCAAGAGGUUAUGAGCCAGAACGCUUUGGUUAUUGACUCCUUGAAACUGGCCACAGAGUUCUUAGCUUCAAAUGGUAACUUCAUCACCAAGGUUUUCAGGUCUCGAGAUUACGAGUCUGUGCGGUACUGUCUUGGGGAGCUGUUUGAUGAGGUAAAAGUGUUUAAGCCAAUGGCGAGCCGUUCAAAAUCUUCAGAAACGUACCUGUUGGCUUUGAGAUACAAAGCUCCUGCUAAGAUUCCAUCUCAUCUACUCGAUUACAGACAACUCUUUAACUAUACAGCAGAACCCAAGAAAGUGGUGGUGGAUGUGCUUAAAGGAUCAAAACAGAAGAGAAACCGUGAAGGGUAUGAAGAUGGAGAGUCAGUUUUGAGGAAAGUUGCAUCUGCUGCUGAGUUCAUAUGGUCCGAGAAACCUAUUGAGAUUCUUGGCAUAGUUACUUGUAUAUCCUUUGAUGAUCAAGCCUCUCUACCUUUAAAGGAACAUGACUUGACUACAGAUGAGAUUAAAAUUCUAUGUGAAGAUCUUCCUGUUUUGGGGAAGAAUGACUUCAAGCAUAUCCUCAAAUGGCGAAUGCAAAUCAGGAAAGCUCUAACUCCUGAGAAGAAACAAGAAACUAAAGAGGCUGAUGUGGCAAAAGAAGGAGAAGAAGAAGACGAGGAUGAUAAGCUACUCAAUGAACUGGAAGAGCUGACAAACACAGUAGUUCGCAGGAAGAAGAAACGUGCAAAGAAGCUUCUCGCAAAACGACUUGCUAAUGUUACUGAUGCACAGAUACAUGCACUUGAAGAUGGCUAUGUAGACCAUGAAUUGUUCUCUCUUUCUUCUAUCAAGGGAAAGAUAGAUCUAAUGGCUGUUGACAAUGACCAAGAUGCUAACGACAAUGCCUAUGAGAGUGACAAGGAAGAAGCUUCAGAUGACUACAAAGACAGUGACAUAGAUUCUGAUGAAGAACGUCAGAGAGACACUGAAAAGAUGGAAGAGGUUUUUGAUGAGGCAUACGAACGGUAUAUGGUGAAGAAAGAAGGAAGCUCUAGGAAAAGGAAGCGGGCUAGGCUGGCCAACGCUGAGAAGCUGGAGGAUGGUGAUGGAGAGGAGGAAGAGAUGAGUUUCGAUUACUAUUUGGACAAGGAUGAGUUAAACCCUCUUGUGGUAGCACUUGGUGAUGAAGAGGAAGCGCAAACAAAGGAGGACGUAUCCAACCAUUGGUUCAGUCAGAAUAUAUUUGUAGAAGCUGUUGAAGAAGGAGACCUUGGAACUGAGAAACAAAGCAAAACUUUGUCUAAACCCUACCGAAAGUCAUCCAAGCAGACAGAGGAAGACGAUUUUGAGAUUGUCCCUACCCCAGAGACGGAUUCAGACUCAUCCUCUGAUGAUGAUGAUGAAGCUAAUACAAACAAGGCCGAGAUAUUGGCAUGUGCCAAGAAAAUGCAAAGGAAGAAGCAGAGAGAAGAGAUGCUUGACGAUGCUUACAACAAGUACAUGUUUGAUGACCAAGGCUUACCCAAAUGGUUUCUGGACGAAGAGAAGAGGCACAGACAGGUGGUGAAACCCAUUACGAAAGAAGAGGUCAAUGCAAUGAAAGCUCAGUUCAGAGAGAUAAACGCUCGUCCGGCCAAGAAAGUGGCAGAGGCCAAGGCGCGGAAGAAGCGAGCCAUGGAGAAAAGAUUGGAGAAAGUGAGGAAGAAGGCAAACACAAUAUCUGACACAGCGGAUAUAUCGAACCGCUCAAAGGACAAGAUGAUAGACAAGUUGUACAAGAAAGCGGUAGAGACAAGGAAGCCUAAGAAAGAACUUGUUGUGUCUAAGAAAGGAGUUGAUGUCAAGGUCGGGAAAGGUCAGAAGAGAGUGGAUAGGAGGAUGAAGAGUGAUGCUAGGAAGCGUGGAGGAGGCAAGCCCGGUAGGAAGGGGAAGAAGAGUGUCUAGAAAAGACUAAUGUUUUUUUUUUUAAGUUUUCGAUCAAAGUGUAAGACCAACACUAUGAAACUCAAGCAUUUUAGCCUUUUA